UUCUCAUUCAUUCACUCUACCUACCCACACACACUCCUUCUCUCACACACAGUACACAAUCUACUGUAUGUGAGUGUUGCAACUACUUAUUUUACGGAAUACAAUACAAUCUCGGAUUCUUUCUUCUCCCCUGUGGGUACUUCUAAACUUUUUCUCAGGGAUUUUCUUCUCUCACAACCUGGCAACCUGUAGAGAGCAUCAAGCUGCCAGAACAAGUUGCCAGAACAAGAGGAUGUGUCCUAUCCCUGGAGAGAAAAGAGAGAAGAGUCUGAGCUGAAUCUUAAAGAGGAGUGGAUCUGUCGGAGGAGAUCUGAGGAGAGGACCAGGAACAGGAGAGAAGAGGAGGAGAAGGAGGGAUAAAAGAGGAGAAGGAGGACAGAGCAUGGGCCAUUCCUGCUUGUGGAUUUUUCUGCUGUUCCUGUCUCUCUCCCACCAGGCGGUCACUGAACAGGCAGAAGCAUGUCGGACGGCGGAGCCUGCAGACCUAGUGUUCUUGGUGGAUGAGUCGUGGGGCGUGGGCCAGACCAGCUUCUCCAGGGUUAAAGACUUCAUCUCGGCCAUCAUUAAUUCCUUUCAGGACAGCGUGGUGGGGUCCGAGGGCAUCCGCUUUGGAGUCACCGUCUACGGAGAUAUACCCAGGAUGCGUAUCGCCCUGACAGACUACAGUAGUCUCCAGGAGGUCCUGAGGGCAGUAAAGGACCUCCCCUUUGAAGGCGGGGCCAGUCGAACGGGCGACGCCCUCCAGUUCCUGGUGGAUUAUGUCUUCAGUGCGGCUAUCAUCAGGGACAACACCCCCAAGAUUGCUGUCCUGAUCACAAACGGUCGUUCGGAUGACCAGGUGGAUGGGCCGGCCAAGGCUGUCACAGACAGUGGGAUCUCUAUAUAUGCAGUGGGGGUGAGAGGAGCUGAUGAAUCAGAGCUGCGCAGCAUUGUGACUGAGCCCCACGAGGAACACCUGUUGCUAGCCGCUGACUUCUCUCUCCUGGAUGUUCUCCUGCCCAAACUGUCCCGAAGAAUCUGUUUCACCGCCUCUGAACCCCCACGCCCCGUCAAACACACCCCGGCCGUGGAGGAGCGUGUGGUGGGUCCCCGGGACCUCCAGGUGAGUGAGCUAGCCUACAGCAGUCUGAGGCUGACCUGGAGCCAGGCUACGGGGGACGUCACCGGCUACCGCCUCCUGGUCACCCCCCUCAGUCCCAAGGGACAGCUGCUGCCCAGCCUGCAGACACAGACUGAUCUGAAAGGUGAUGAGAGGACAUCUCUAGUGACAGAGCUGACUCCUAAGACAGAGUACUCUCUGACUGUCUACGCCAUCUACCCUGGCCUCAUUGGAGUCUCUGCCACCAUCAUUACACAGACACCCCCUGUGCCUCCCGUCUCAAACUUCCGUGUGAUGGAGGAGGGCCUCUUCUCUCUGAGGUUGGCAUGGACACCACCUCUAGGGAAGCUCGAGGGAUACAAGAUAUUCAUCCCCAGAUCCGACCGGCCAGGGCUGACCUAUGAGCAGGUGCUGCGCGGCGACGCCUCCUCCCAUGUGAUUGACAGCUUGGAGGAGGAUAAGAAGUACACCGUCAGUAUCUUUGCUAUCUACCCCCAGGGCACCAGCCAACCUGUCACCAUCGUCGGCAAAACACUGAAACUGGUGCCAGUCCAGCAGCUCCUGGUCCAAAACGCCACCACAGACACCGUCCAGGCCCGCUGGGGCUCAGUGAAGGGGGCCACGGGGUAUCGCCUCACCUGGUCCUCCUCAGAUGGCCAUAGAGAGAACGUGAACCUGGGGGAGACCUUUAACUUCUACAUGAUCCAGGGCCUCCACCCAGGCACUGAGUACAACAUCACCAUCAACCCCAUCUUUGUGGACAUCGAGGGCCCUGUCAUCUCUACCCCAGCCAAGACACUGGAGAGCAGUGCAGUCCAGACUCUGAAGGCAUCGGCAGUGAGCACCAACAGUGCCAUGGUCUCCUGGAACUCUGUCCCUGGGGCCACCGGCUACAGACUAGCCUGGGGGCCCACUCCAGAGUUUGCGGGUCGGGACCGUCCUAGACAGCUGGCUCUGAACGGCUCCACCACAGAGCACCUUCUGAAGAACGUGGUCCAUGACACAGAGUAUGUCCUGUCUCUUUACGUCCUGUUUGGAUCGCUGGUGGGACCCGGCGUCUCAGCUACCUUCCGCACCUCUCCGUUGGGAUAUGUGUCUAACUUCCAGGUGACUUCCUACACCAGUUCCUCCAUCGACGUGGAGUGGAGUCCAGUCGUGGGGUCCACCGAGUACAAACUCACCUGGAACAUCGAGGGCAACACUCCCCAGUCCCAGUAUUUGGACCACAGCGUUCUGUUCCACCGCACUGAGGGCCUCAACCCAGAGACAGUCUACAUAGUUAGCAUCCACGCUGUCUACGGCAACACAGAGGGGCCAGAAAUCUCCCUCUCACAGCUCACAGCGUCGGUGACAGAGUCAGAGCUGAUCCAGGCGGUCAAGGAGGUGAAGGUGGUGGAUGUCGGAGUCAACUCCUUCAUACUGACCUGGAGGAGAACACCUGGGGUCACUGGCUACAAGAUCUCCUGGAGCCCCUUCCAUGGUGGCGAUGAGAAGUCCCAGCUAGUCUCUUCCUCCACUACCUCCUUCACCAUCCCUAAGUUACAGGAGAGCUCGGCCUAUAAGAUCCAGGUGGCAUCUAUGGUGGGGGGCCGAGAAGGGAGCCCGUUCCUGGUCACUGCACGCACCUUGGACCUGCCCAAAGUGAACGGCUUCGCAGCGCUGGACACCACAGACAGCAGUACCUCCCUCAACUGGAUCAGCGUUGCCGGGGCUUCUGGGUAUCUGCUCUCCUGGAGGCACAUCUCAGAGUUGGACACCAAAAAGGAGAAGCUUGGCCCUGCUGCCUCCAUGUUUAAGCUGAGUGAUCUGCUGUAUGGCAGGACCUACAUCUUCACCAUCAGACCUCUGUAUGGAGAGGUGGAGGGACCCAUCACCUCUAUCUACCACAGGAUAGUGGCCAAGGACCAUCCUCUGGUGCCUGUCCAGUCUUUACCCGCCACGCCUGCCCCUCUCCCCCCUCACACCCUCACCGCCUCCCAACCCAAUGCAGCCAAAGCCACCAAAGCCCACACCCGCUCCACCGUCACCAAAGCCCCCUCCAAAACCACCGCCGGCACGUCCAAGAAACCCCCAAGCACCACUGUUGUCAAAACAGCUGCAGCCACCACCACCUUUGACAAAACAGCUGCAGCCACCACCAGCGUCGGCCAUCUUACCACCACUACCAGAAACCUAUUGGUUUUGGAUACAGAGACAACUGUUGGACCAGGGCCAGUGUGUGGGAGGGUGAAGGCAGACAUCGUGUUCCUGGUGGAUGAGUCAUGGAGCAUCGGAUCCAAUAACUUUGCCAAGCUCAAGGACUUCCUGUUCCGGGUUGUCACCUAUUUCCCUGUGAUUGGUCCUCAGGGCACACAGAUAGCAGUGGUGCACUACAGUGAUGAACCAAGGAUAGAGUUCAAACUGAAUGAUCACAAGAACAGGAACUCUGUACUAAAGGCUAUGAGAGGAGUACGCUAUGGAGGAGGCAACACCAAAACAGGGAAGGGGAUGAGCUACGUUCUGAAGGAGCUGUUCCAGGAGUCUCUGGGGAUGAGGCAGGAGGUGUCCCAUGUCUUGGUGUUGCUGACAGACGGCCGGGCCGUGGACGAUGUGGAGCAACCCUCCAGGAUCGCACAGGCUUAUGGUGUGAGUGUGCUGGCCAUCGGGGUGGCCAAUGCAGACAUGGAUGAGCUGAAGAAGAUAGCGUAUCCAGCCAGCUACCAGAACAUCUUCUACGCCAGGGACUUUGAUGACUUCUCCUCCAUAGAGAGAGAGUUCAUCAGCAACAUCUGCAGCGAGGCGCUGCUCUCCGAGUUCAGACAACACGACGAGUCUGCCCAGCUGGACACUCCAACUGAUGACCCUGAUGAGCUGACCAAACCCCAGGGCCCCUGCCCCUUACAGUGCAAGGGGCAGAAAGGUGAAAAGGGAGGUGGCUCUGGUAAUGGUGGACUGAGACUCCAGCAAAACACUGCGAUGUUUGAGUCAAUUGGCCUCAAAUCCAAAGGAGAGAAAGGAGAGAGAGGACUUCCUGGAACAGAUGGUGUCCCCGGGUUGCCAGGACGACCAGGACGAACCGGACCCCCAGGCUCAGCCGGACAACGGGGUUUAGAAGGUGUUACAGGUGACCUGGGGCCUCCUGGUAUCACUGGUCCAAAAGGCCAGAGAGGAGAGAGGGGGGAGCCUGGGUAUGUCAUAGGGGGCAUAGGAGACGGCCAUUAUGCUCCUGGACGAAAGGGAGAGCCUGGAUCAUCAGGACCCCAAGGGGCUCCGGGUGUACCAGGGGUCUCUGGACCCUCAGGCCUGCCUGGACAGUCAGGUUCACCUGGGUCCUCAGGGAUAUCUGUUAAGGGGGAACAUGGGGAGGCAGGUGCUAAAGGUUUGCGUGGGAAAGCAGGGGCCAAAGGAGACAAAGGAGAUCAUGGUAAAGAUGGCCAAGCAGGGUUACCUGGUCCCAUUGGAAUUGAUGGUGUUCCAGGCUUCCCAGGUCAAAAGGGAUAUAAGGGAGAGGAGGGGAUCGGGGUUCCCGGUGUCCAGGGCCCUCGUGGAGAGUCAGGGGAGAAGGGAAAUAUAGGCCUAUCAGGACCCGAGGGACCAAAGGGAGAGGCUGGUGUUCAAGGGAUACAAGGGGUUGUUGGACUACGGGGGAAGAAGGGAGUGAAAGGCAUCCGAGGGGAUAAGGGCGAUCGAGGAGAGGUGGGGCCUAUGGGAACACAGGGAGUGACAGGCUUUGCGGGGGCUCUUGGCCAGAAGGGUGACGAGGGACAGAGAGGAGUUCCUGGUGACCCAGCCAAAGGGAUCAUUGGUCCCACGGGAAAGAAGGGUACCAGGGGUGACAUUGGUCCCGUCGGUCCGACUGGACCCCAGGGAGUAAAGGGAGUCCAAGGAGUCAAAGGAGAAAAGGGUAAUCCUGGGUUCGGCAUUCCUGGACAGCAGGGACCAAAGGGAGAAAACGGUGAAAGGGGAAAUGUUGGCUUGUCUGGGAAACCUGGACCCAAGGGGCAUGAUGGCUCUAAAGGGGCAGGGGGAACUUUUGGGGGCCCCGGGGAUCCUGGAGCACCAGGACUAAGAGGUAAAGAUGGUGUGCCUGGAAUCAAAGGAGAAUCAGGACUACGGGGAGAGCAGGGACCAGCGGGUGAGCCUGGUGAGAGAGGAAUAAGGGGCCCACUGGGGUUACCGGGACGACCAGGGGACCCAGCAGAGAAAGGAGAUACCGGGAACAUUGGUUUGCCUGGUGAACCAGGACAUCCCGGAGAGCCCGGUCUAAGAGGGGAGACAGGUCUGCCUGGACAAAGGGGUCCCGAUGGAAAACCAGGAUCUCCAGGAAAGGGAGGGUCUGGGUCAGGGAGAGAUGGUCUGGAUGGGUUACAAGGAAAACCUGGAUCCAAGGGCGACCCAGGAAAGAAGGGCGAGCCAGGAACGAGGGGAGAGAAAGGAGACCAAGGCAGGGUGGGGAUUGCUGGAAUCCCUGGUUUACCUGGGACCCCAGGUAGACCUGGCAUUGAUGGAAAGAGAGGUCUGGCUGGAAAAGAUGGAGAGCAAGGACAAAGAGGAGAUGAUGGCAAAAAGGGUGAUACGGGUGAAUCUGGAACUGAGGGUAAAAAAGGGGAAUUGGGUGCUCCGGGCCCACCUGGUACCCACGUUCUGGUUACUCAACAGGAGGGUGCCACCCUUGAAGAGAUGAGACAGGCAUUCCCUUUGCCAAUGGGACCUCCUGGGGCUAAAGGUCCACCAGGGAUGAAGGGUGACGCUGGUCUUCCAGGGAAAGCAGCUGACAUGAAGAACAUUGAAGUCCUGUUUGAAGACUAUGGCAUAAGGCUGCCCUUGUUGAAGGCACUGAUUGACAGGCUGCUGCAGGGCGGCAUGGAGGAGCUUCUGCAGGAGCUAACCACCUCUAGGAGAAUCAAUGAGAAGGAGAACCACGGCUCCAACAUUAUCACUGACUACACAAGAACUGUAAAGUAUGAGAUCUCCAAGGAGCCUCUGACAGAGAUGGACACCAUAGAGGAGGAAGUUGACUCUGACCUAGACAGACAGCUACCAGAACCUAACUCUGAUGCUUUGAAUGAAACGGCGGAGGGCCCCACAUUCUGGAGCCUCACCCCUCUUAAUGGUCUUAAUGGGGUCCAAGGCGUGGGGAGGAUAGAGAGCACCUCUAAGGGGAUAGAGGGGACACUGACAGUGGACGAGGACUUCAGUGAAGCUCCAUCGCCCAAGUUGACUUUAUCAAACUCAACAUUUAACAGCACUAUGUCUGAAGAGAGGGUCUCUGAGGUACCAGGGGCAAUAGUAGAAACUGUUCUCCUCAGUGAGGAAGACUCCUUGAAGAAGAAGAAGAGUCGAGAACGGAAGGGCAAGGGACAGAAAGGACGACAUAAGAGGCAAAGACAGCGCCUGACGAGUACGGAGGAGGAGGAGGAAGCGGAGGAGGAGGAAUUAUACGAUGGGGAAGAGUACAGUUAUGAAUAUGAGGAUUCCACAGCUGAUCCCUUACUGUCAAUGGAAAAGCAAGGGGAGUUUGAAAUCACAACAGAAAGCACACUACAUGGAAAUAGCAAAGAGAGUGGCCUGACAACUUUAGGUCCAUAUCCAUCCCAGUCACCGGGAGACAGCGAAAAGCAGGGGGAAUUCAUCACACCUAUCCUUCCCAGCACAACGGAACAAACAGAGAAGGAUUCCACAGAUGAUCCCUUACUGUCAAUGGAAAAGCAAGGGGAGUUUAAAAUCACAACAGAAAGCACACUACAUGGAAUGAGCAAAGAGAGUGGCCUGACAACUUUAGGUCCAUAUCCAUCCCAGUCACCGGGAGGCAGCCAAAAGCAGGGGGAAUUCAUCACACCUAUCCUUCCCAGCACAACGGAACAAACAGAGAAGAGACAGAAACAAGAAAACAGAGACCCUCAGCCUGACCCUGAAUCCUAUACAGAGAGGGAGGUUGACUAUGAAACAGAAAGAGACUGGGAGACACCAACAGAGAUGGAGGGAGAGAGAGAACCCAUAGCAGCAGGGGAAGAGACACCAUGGGAAAGACAUAGAGAGAGGGAGAUGGUAGAAAAGAAAGGAAAAGAGACAGAAGGAGAGAUAUACCAUGAUGCAGAAAGAGAGGGAGAGGAGGAGAGAAGUGGCGACUCUGAAUGGGACACGGAGGAGGACAGUGAAUACGAGAGGGAGAGAGAGGGGGAAAGGAUGGAGAUGGAGAGAGAGAGGAUAGAGCUUGAAAAAGAGAGGGAGGCAGAGCUGGAGUUGCAGAGGGAGAAAAUAGAGAGGGAGAGACAACUAGAGAGGGAGAACGUGGAAAAGGAGAGAGACCUGCAAAUGGAGAGGGAGAGUGAACUAGAGAGCGAGAGAACAGAGAUGGAGGGAGGUAGAGACCUGGACAGGGAGAGAGAGGAGUGGGAGAGACGGAGGCAGGAGAUGGAAAGAGAGAACGGAAGACAAGGAGAGUACGAGGAGGAAGGAGGAGUAAGACCCUAUCCAGGGCCAGAAUAUGACUAUUUGAAGGGUGCACCGGGUGAAAAUGGACUUCCGGGACCGAAGGGGGAACUUGGUGAAAAGGGACACAAGGGUGAGCCAGGUAUUGGCCACAGAGGUCCUGUGGGACAGGCUGGUCCACCCGGAACUAAGGGUGAGCCUGGUGAAAUGGGGCCUUCUGGUGCUCAGGGUAUCCAGGGAAUCCGCGGUAACCCCGGUAUCUCAGGUUCUCAGGGCCUGAGGGGCCAACCAGGAGACCCAGGAGAGGCGGGGAGAGAGGGGGACAGAGGUAGAAGGGGUAAGAAUGGAUCACCCGGGACUCCAGGAGCUAAAGGGAAACUUGGAAUAGAGGGUCCACCUGGUCUACCUGGUACGAAAGGAGAAAAGGGUGACAGUAUCCCGGGGGAACCAGGUGCCAGGGGUGUGGUUGGGAUCACAGGUCGCAGGGGUGAAAAGGGCAUUGCAGGAGUCUUAGGAGCCCCAGGACACACUGGUCCAAAGGGCUUCCCGGGCAGCAAAGGAGCAAAGGGUGACAGGGGUUUAACAGGAAUACAAGGAGAAAGGGGAAGCCCCCUCCAAAUCCAGGGACCGAGAGGCUACAAGGGCUUAAAAGGAGAAGGGGGAGAGCGAGGCUCCCCAGGUUUCGAUGGAGAUAAAGGAGAGAAGGGCGAGGAUGGGCCCCCGGGGUUCAAGGGCCUCAAAGGAGAGGCAGGGGCCAAAGGAGCUAUGGGGCUGUUUGGGGCCCGUGGACCAGUGGGCCAAAAGGGAGAUACUGGCGAGCCUGGAGUCAAUGGAGAAGUGGGUCGUAACGGGGACGAUGGAUUGGAUGGAGCCACAGGAGCCAAAGGAGACAUGGGACUCCAGGGACAGAAGGGAGAUCAGGGUGACAGAGGUGAACCUGGCUUACCGGGGGAUACUGGGCAGACAGGAGAGAAGGGAUUCCGAGGCCUACCUGGACGCAUAGGAAGCACUGGGCUAGAUGGAGAAAAGGGAGAGAUGGGUAUUCCUGGAACCCCAGGACAUCCAGGGCUUAAUGGACUCACAGGACGGAAGGGUGAAAAAGGGGACGGGGGUAUCAAUGGAGUAGAGGGAGCACCAGGACUAAUAGGAGAGAAGGGCGCCACUGGUUUCCCAGGGUUCCCUGGGUUUAAGGGGUCAGCAGGGACACCAGGAAAUGAUGGAGUGGGAGGGCGACCAGGACGUAAUGGGUCCAAGGGAGAGACAGGAACCAAGGGAGAGAGGGGCAGGAGAGGCAGAGGGAAGCCUUGUCAGACAGGACCACCUGGAAGUCCGGGACAAAGAGGAAGCAGUGGAGAGCUCGGAAACGAGGGACUAAAGGGAGAGAAAGGGGAACCCGGACUCUCUGCCGAGGAGGUGAAGGAGCUGGUCAACCAAGAGGUUGUGAACCAGUGCGGGAUGGACUUGAAGUUUAUGGUGAAGUCCAAGGACCCGGAUGCUGAGAGCAUGUUUGAGAGGGAUCCGGACGAGCCUAUAUCCAUCCUCACUCGCAGCCUACCUGAGGAUGAGAUGGGAGAGGAGGAAGAGGACAAGAAAAUACUUGAAAAGGAGCUGGUAGGAUCAACCACUCCUCCCCCCGUCCCCUUGCAAGAGGAGGGGACCCCAGGUGAUGACAACCUUACCGACUCUGGAGCCAACAGGGGAGCGGAUUGGGGACUGAGGCACAGGAGAAGAAGGGUUCCGAGAGUUGGGCCAGGCUCAGACUUGACCCCUGACCCCUGCCUGCAGCCCAUGUCAGAGGGGGGAUGUUGGGAGUAUGUCCUGCUGUGGUACUACCACCCCCGCUCCGGGGAGUGCCGGCCGUUUGUCUAUGGAGGUUGUGAGGGCAACCACAACCGCUUCAACACCAAACACGAUUGUCAGAGGUGGUGUGGGAAAGAGAGGAGAGGUCUUGAGCCUAGAAGGUGAGAGAGCCGGCAAUCAAGACAAUUCUUAUUUUUGUAAAUGCCAGUGUAAAAUGUUCUAAUUUUUGUGCAGAUCUGUUUUUUUAAUAUUUAAAGUAAACUAAUGAUUAUCCACACUUGAGAGAAAUGCCCAUAUAGAGCAGAGCUGCAUGGGUUUCAUAUAUUUGCAUAAUCAUUUGAAAUGCUUUAUCUGUGCCUGUUUGAGCUUGCCAGGCUUAAUAACCCAAUAGAAAAGUCCCAAAACUGCAAAACCCUGCCCAUCUGGGACUCCAGGCAGUCUUAAGCUAACGCUCAAAUUAUUUUUCAAGUAUUUUAACCAAGGUCUAAUACAGGCAUUAUAUUUUCUAUGGACUAUGACAAUUAUAGUUGACUCACCAUGCGAAUGUUAUGAAUGUGUUCUUUCAUGUUGUAAUCAAAAGGUAGCCUGCACAUUCUAUAGUACUAUAGUGUAGCACAUUCUAUAGUACUAUAGUAUAGCACAUUCUAUAGUACUAUAGUAUAGCACAUUCUAUAGUAAUAUAGUAUAGCACAUUCUAUAGUAUAGCACAUUCUAUAGUACUAUAGUAUAGUAUAGCACAUUCUAUAGUACUAUAGUAUAGCACAUUCUAUAGUACUAUAGGAUAGCACAUUCUAUAGUACUAUAGUAUAGCACAUUCUAUAGUACUAUAGUAUAGCACAUUCUAUAGUACUAUAGUA